AUGGCAUUGGCGGCUUGGCCGGGUUUGAGACUCGACGUCAUCGAAGACGAAGUUCAGACAUGCAGCGGGCUCUUUGGGAACGACGCUCUUCGCUCCUCGUACAUCCACUCAUUCCCUUGUCGUCAUGUCACACAACGACCAACAGUGGGGUUCCCAGCCCCAAGCUGCGCCACAAUACCAACCACCCUAUCACCCAGGGCAGUCUCAGCCUAUGGGUCGGAUCCCAAAUCCCCAUACGAAGGAGACCGUUUCAAGCCCAAGACAAGGAUCAAUGAUCCGAUUUUCCUGAUACUUUUCUUGGCUCAGUUCAUAGGAUAUUGUAUACUCUCAGGCAUUGUCCUAUCCAAUUGGUCGUCUCAAAAUGGAUUGGGAGGCGGUGUAGGCAGAGGUAAUACUGGGACCAGCAUCACUUUGAACCGGAGCACCGCAUAUCUGCUUCUAUUUGUUGCUGGCUGUGGCCUUUUGCUCUCUACAGUCUACCUUUUGCUCGCACGAAUGUUCACAAUGCUUAUAAUGCAUAUAACGCUUAUUCUCACAAUCUUGCUCAAUAUUGGUGUAUGCAUCUAUUAUUGGAUUACCGCGUACUACUCCGGAGCGAUUAUAUUCACAGUGAUAGCUCUAUUCUCAAUAUUCUCGUACUUUGGGUUCAGGUCACGUAUUCCUCUUGCGUCCUUGUUGCUUCAAGUUGUCAUGGACGUCAGCAAACACCACAAAUCGGUGUAUGGCAUGGCAUUCAUAAGCUUGCUCAUCCAAGCAGGUUUGAGCGUAUGGUAUUCGUUUGUUGUCAUCGCAGUUUAUUCAAAGUGGACGCCUGGCAAUCCUCAAUGCAAUCAGGGUACAGACUGUUCGUCUGGGAAAGUCGCUGGCCUCGUGUUUUACGCGACGUUCUCGUAUAUUUGGACUUCAAUGACGCUGGGUAACGUUGUCCUAGCCACUCUUGCGGGUGGUCCUUUUGGGAGCUGGUAUUACUUCGGCCCCCGCGAAGAAGGCGUAAUGCCAAAGCAUCCCACUAUGGCGGCACUCUUUCGCGCGUCCACCUUGUCCCUCGGUUCCAUCGCAUUCGGCUCCCUCAUCGUGACCAUUUUGGAAAUCAUACGCUUAAUUCUGCAAGCAGUCAGGAACAAUGCUAAUUCAAAUGGUCACCCCAUCGAAAUGGCCCUGGCAUGCUGCGCAGAAUGUUUCAUCGGGUGCAUCGAGGGACUGGUACAGUACUUCAAUAGAUACGCGUAUAUUGAGAUUGCUCUGUAUGGAAAGCCUUACAUCACUGCCGCUAGGGACACCUGGCGCUUGUUCAAAGACCGAGGGAUAGACGCGUUGGUGAAUGAUUCCUUGGUCAGCAUGGUGCUGACGUGGGGUGCAUAUGCCGUCGGCAUGCUGUGCUCACUCUUCGGUUAUCUUUACCUUCGCUUCACACACCCGUCCUACAACUCAGACGGGCAGUACACAGCUCCUGUCCUUCUAUUCUCGUUCUUGAUCGGCGUACAGCUACACUUGACGCUUGCCUCAGCCAUCGAGGCGGGGGUAUCCACGAUUUUCGUCGGACUUGCCGAAGACCCGGGGGUAUUGGCUAUCCGUGCUCCUCAACUUUUUGGUAUGAUCGCCGAUCGCUAUCCUCGUGUCGUUGAGGGAAUUUCAAGGGUGUGA